AUGGAACUGCUACGCGUCCAAAUUUCGCCACAGGAAAAGGUUGUCUCAACCGCUGAACUCCUGGAACUUAUUCUCCUGCAACUGGACCUGCGGACCCUCCUUACCGCCGCGCAACGAACUUGUCGGUCCUGGAAUAUUCUCAUACGAGACUCACCGUCGCUCCAAAAAGCACUGUAUUUUGUACCCAAUGAGAAUGUCCCAAAGUCCUGGAAUCCUCUCUUGGCCGAGGUUUUUCCCUCCUUCUUCUCCGAGCAUGGCACCGCAGCGACCAAUUUUGGCAAGUUUACGUUUUCUACUCUCGAUAUGAUCAAGUACCCCGAUAAGAUCAUCGCAUACAAUCGAAAAGAGGCGAGUUGGCGCCGCAUGCUAGUCCAGCAGCCCCCGAUCCUGGAACUUGCCUUUUUCGAUGUCAUUUUGUCACGUUCAGUGCAGUAUUCACAGAGCAUCAUCCGGGUGAGUCUUCAGGAUCUUCCCUGUUCAGCAUUGAAUGCAGUGACUGAAACGACAUACGGACAGCCUAGAGCAAAUCGGUAUCCACAUCUGCAUGAUGGACUCCGCAUGGAAGCUCUAUUCGAGUUCGUAGUGACGCGAGGACCUCUUCGGUUUGUUCAACAAAAGUUCCACCGAGUCUUCUGGACAGCCUCGCCGCCUGAUAAUCAACCAACGUGGCGGGGAAAUGAUGAGCUGGUCGAAGCGUUCAAGAAGGCCACCGCCCAAUUGGAUCUCGUUGUUUAUCAGAUUACUACACGGGGCUGUAUCCGACGACCGCCAGUAGUAACGGAAGAGGAAAAGCUGAGGCGGCUGAUUUUUUCGUCUUAUGCUGAGUUGAACCAAGAUGCAGAACCGGAAACGUAUGAUGAAGUCGAUGCUGAGGAGAAGGAAGCGGUGGCACCGAAGAGUUAUGGAAGUACCCUUGAUCCUGUGCGUUAG